AUGCGCUCCGGAGAGUUUUAUGUGAAAUACUUUGUUGAAAUUUCCCAGAUUCACAUCAACAAGGAUGUUCGCCUGGAUCCCGGGAUAAGGGUUCAACUUUCCGGAAACUUUUGUGGAUUCAAUGCGAGGCGCGGAAUGAUCAUCAUCAACGUAACCUCUGGGGUUGUUGGAGGACGUCCCACAUAUUCCAAUGGUCCGAGGCGUCAAUUCUUAUCAGUCCGGAAAGACUCUGAGGAAUGA